UGACAUUUGGCAACUGCGCGCUGCUGGUCGGGUCGGGCUCGGGAGAAGCAAGAGAGAAGCGAAAGAGCGAUUUUCGUGGAAAUUUUGUAAAUUUCAUUUAGAUUUGGUUUUACGUGCCGCGAGUGAGCUAGGAGCGCGAAUUCGGCUGCGUUUUCGUGUGAUCGGUGGCAAUUCAAGACGAGGACUAUGGUGUUUGCCCGGAACGAGCGUCAAGAAUAUGGCGUCCGGCGAUCCGUCCCGACAGAGCAGGAAGAGGUUGUGUAGGUUUCAGACUUACUGGAUUGACACGCAGGAUAGUGAGUACGCUAGCUGGCUUUUCCCUGACAAAAGCAACCCCCACAAAGCGCACUGCUCGCUGUGCAACAAGACGUUUAACAUUGGUCACGGUGGACUGAACGACGUCAAAUUGCACUGCAAGGGCAAAAAACAUUUCGAGUUGUACUGCAAGCACCGGAUCAGUCUUGGUUUGGAGGUGCCGCAACUCGAGCCCGCCGUCAAGAGCGACUCCUCCGCGGCCCAAGACCCGCCGCCGGACACCCACCCGCCGGACAGCGACCCGGAGCGGCUCGCGGGCGAGUGUAGUCCGCCAAAUUUCCUCAACGUGGAGGCUGAACUGAGCGAGGGAGGGGGUGAAAUUGAACUUUACAACUCCGACGACGACGCCGAGGCGUCCUUGCUGAACUGUGAGGUCAAACUUGAGAGUCAAGAGGAGGAUCUAGAGGAAGAAGGACUCGAAGUCGCUGCCCCGGAAGAGCCGGAAACGCUGCCGCCCCCACCGGCCAGAAAACUGCCUCUGCUGCUGCCUAAGCCGUCCAAGGCGAUGGACGCGGUCGCCAGUCAGCCCAAGAUGACCAGCAUGACCAACAACGCUGACCCGCAGCAGUACUGCUUGCGGUGGAAGUACCACCACAACAACCUGCAGGUCAUGUUUUCGCAGCUGCUCGAGAGGGAGAGCUUCUGUGAUGUCACCCUUGCCUCGGAGGGGAAGCUCCUUCGCGCACACAAGGUUGUUCUCUCAGCGUGCUCGACAUACUUUGACCAGAUCUUCACUCAGUAUGAAGAGAAAAACCCAAUUGUGAUAUUGAAAGACGUCAAGUACGACGACAUCAAAGCGCUCGUCGAGUUCAUGUACCGCGGCGAAAUCAACAUUGAGCAGUCUCAUUUGGCGUCCCUGCUGAAAACAGCCGAGGAGUUGAAAGUGAAAGGACUGGCUGAGGUUUCGUGGCGGACAGACGAGGCGCAGGCAGCAGCGGCCGCGGCGGCGGCUGCGGCCAACACCAGCAGCAGCAGCAUGCGGCUCGAAGAAGAGGAUGAGCCAGGCAGCAAGAGGCGCAAGAUGGUUUCUUCACCAGCAUUCCGACCUAGGGUCACUAACGUCAUGGGAGGGGUAGGCAACAUUAGCAAACACGGCGCAGCAAAUUUCGUUGACAUUUCAAUGCAGCAUGAAGACAAUGGAACUGGUUUGAGUGAAAAUUUUGGAUCUGAUUACGAAAUUGAUCAGCAUGAAGGCAUGGACCUUGAGGACUCGAUGCAGAGCAAUGGCUCAUAUCGAGGCGUCAUGGACAUGAUGGGUGGUGGAGGCAUUCCUAGUGAAAAGCGGGCAUCGCCAAUAUUGGAUGAAAGGACCAGAGAGCUAUUCAAAGGUGUUGUGAAGAUGAAUGACUACUUGGUGACAGGCCGGCGGCAGCAGUUUUGGGAGGAGCCGUUCAUGCGGCGCCUGAUGGACGCAAUCAAGAACAAAGAAGUUGAGAUGAAGCUGGUGGCGGAAAUGCUGGGCGUUUCGUAUGGCACCCUCUACGGCAGGUACAGAGACACACACGGCUGUCUGAAGCACCCUUACCGGAUGCGAGACUUUUGGAACGAGCCUGGUCCCUCCGAGGUCAUACAAAAGCUGAAGAGCAAGGAAGUGACACUGAACGAGGCUGCUGACAUGCUGAACGUUUCGAUGAACACCCUGACAAGCUAUGUUGCCUCGAUGCCGACGACGUUUAUUGGACCAAGAGACACGAUGGGCGAGUCAUCAGCAACAGCGGCCGUUUUUGCAGCAGCCCGGUUGCCGCCGGACAUCACCGUAGCGGCCACGGCGCAGAAACAAAUGAUGAAAGAGGAGCACCAUUACGAGCAGAAUGGCGGCGACGGUGACGAUGAUGACGACGACGACAUCAUUCACCCGCAGCAGCUGCUGCAGGUGCAACACCACCAGCAGUGACGCUGGCCCAAGUAGAAACACAUGAUCAACGUGGUCAACCAACUGGACAAUCUGAUCUAACUGAGUGAGACUUCGAACACACACCGGGUCUCUCCCUAUUUCAUUUUUGUAUCACCUCAUUUUGCUCGACAUAGGUCCACAUCGUCUUUAUUUAUUUUCUGUUUCCUCCUCAUUCCUCUCACUCCCCCAGUCAGCUCUCUAUAUAUUGAUUACAAAUAUUCACACAGUACUCCGGAGUAGUUGAGUAAAAUAUUGUCUCGCUGGUGAUCAUAUCAUACUACUAUUUAAUAACAUUAUUACUAUUAAUUAAUUAAAAUCGCAUAAUUAUAUAUAUUUACACGAGUAAGGUUUGGGUGCAGUGGAAACGAAAUUAAGCAACGUGCCGUGUAAAUAGGUUGUGUUGCUUGGUUAAAGAAGAAUAUUAUUAUAAACAGAAGUAAUAGUAAAGUUCCUGCCGCUACAGUACGGUCAAUGUGUCUGUAUCUCCUGAGAAAUCAAGCUGAAUAGCUGUCUUGCUACACUGAUGUAUACUGUUUUUAUAAGAUUGGUUGGAUUGGUUAUUUUCAACAAUUCAUCAAACAGGUUUCGAGGUGCUAGUGUAAAAAUAAUGAGGAAUGUAUUUUUUAAAAAUAACGAAGACGAAGAUUACAAUGAGCGAUGUUAAGUGAACGAUAGACACUUAAGUACACUUACAUACAAUAUACCAAAUCCUAAGUGAAACUACAAACAAUAUUUUGCUUAAAACACAGAACAAUACACCUGAAUGUUCAGGACAGACAUGAUUAAAUCCCUGGAAAUCAUUUAAAUCGGAAAAAUUCGGAAUUUUCAAAUUUAACUGACCUGAAGAAACGUUUAUGAUAUAUUUUUAUCAUGAAAUCGAUUGACUUCAUUUCAAAAAUUAAUUUUUAGCAAAGUAAUAAAAAAAAAAGAAAACAUCAACCCCACACACAAAUUCUCAUAGUCAUUCCUAUGUUGGAUAUUGUAUAAAAUUAUACAGCCGCUGCCCAUUUUUUCAGGUCUUUUAUUGUGAAAACUAAAUUAUUCUUGCGUAUAAAUAUUCCGCCAAGUGCAUCGCAAACCCUAAGGUCCGAACGGACAAGUUGACGCCGCGAAGUGAGCAGUCAACUUGCUCGACUCAUCUGCAUAAGUAGCCUUUUUACAACAUUUUGUGCUUUUCUUGAAACGCAAAAGAGUGAAGCAAGCCCUCGCCUAUGCCGAUUCUUAGUUACUAAGUGUGGCAGGUAUUGCCAAAGGUCCUUUUGUAUAUCUUUAAAAAGAGAACUCAGGAUGAAAUAUCAGCCGUUGUAUGUAAGCUUUUAAAUACGAAUCAUUAUGUGUCAUUUUUUUAAUUAUUUCUCCACUUGAUUAAGAUGCCACAACGACUUGAAACAACUAUUUCAUACUGCAAUCGACAGAAAAGGCAUGAUUAUUUAAAUACACACACACACAUACUGUUAUAAUAAUAAUUAUUAUUGUGUCGCUCGAGAUCCUCCUAUGUUUUUUACUACAUUUAAUUGAUAAUUAUAUAAUUUUUUAUGAAGUGAAUAAUAUCACACACGAUAAUAGUGGAACUGUGAACUGGAACUCAAGUAGCCUUUUUCACACCUGUGUUUAUAUGCAUCACGUGGCAUACUAUAAAAUGCAUGUAUUCGUGCGAAGGAGCGGGCAUUGGACACUAAAUUCCUGCCAUUGGGCUUCUCUGCCCGAUUGAAAUAAAGUAGAACUAAAAAUUAUAACAUAUAGAAAAAAAUGGACUGUAAAAUGCCGGCUCCUGGUGGCCACCACACUGCCGUGCACCAAUAUGUAAACUCUUGAUUGAAGAAAAUAUUAAUUCGGCUGCCGACCUGCUUAGAACAAGCGCCGGUUGUGAGAAUGAAUGAUGGAAAACAAAAUAUCUCAGAUCCUGCUAAGUUUGAUGUAUCAUCAUAGUUUAGAUCUCUUCCUCUAGAAGGAUAAACAGUUGCUUAAGAUAUUUUGAUGAAAUGACUUUGUAUAAGAUUGCGUGGAUUCAGAGAAAGGAAGCUGGGAAUUGGAUAUAGUGGAUGUUCACGCAGUAUUAAUAAAAAGAAGAGGAUAUAGCGAGAAAAAUAAAAAUCAUAUACUCUGGUGAUAAAAGUAAUGAAUUCUUGUAUACAAAAUGUGUCGUGUCUCCCUGGUGUCUGUUUAGUGCAGAGAAAAGUAUUUUUGAAAGGUGCCCCUGUUAACUGAGAAGAAAAAAUAAUACUAUGAAUAAAAACAAAAUAAAAAUAUCAGUCGUCGUGUAAUAUUAGGGAAAUGGACUUAUCUGUGUAAGAUUAAAUUGAAACAUUAUGUCGGUCGGAGACGACUAGGAGCUGAGAGAGAGACAAUUUGAAGCAGAGAGAGAAAAAAUGAAUGUUGUUUAGAAAAGGAUUUUUAUAUAAUAUACCGUCAAUAAUGACUAUACAAUACUUCUGCAUAAAAAAAGAAAGAAAAUAACUAAUAAGUAAUACCGCGACUAUAUUGUUUGCAUUAGAAUAGAGGGAUCAAGCAAAGAAAUAUCAUAAAGAUAUACUAGCAGAACUGAGAAUCGACUUUCAGUUGCACACAAACACGCGCGCAUGCCUUCUUAUUUUCCAAUAAACCUAAAAACUACAUACAUAUGUAUAUGUGCAUAAGAUAAAGGGUCUGAGAACAACUACUACUGCUAAUUUCAUUUUCCGUUGUAAGGCGAAAAAAAAUACACAAGCAUUAUGUUCGUCGUCAUUUUGAAUGAGUUAAACGCUGUAAUUUAUUUUUACCUUUAGUUGUAAUUCUUAAGAUGCAGCUACUUCACCACUAUUAUUACUUUCCGUGUUACUAUUAUGAUAGCAGUACGCAAAAGUAAACAAAAAUACAUGAAAUGAAUAAAAAAUCAAA